AAAACGACGAAAAAAUGGGUAAAAAGGUUUAUAAUGCCAAGGCAAGGCAGCAAAAGGAAAUUAUUGUCGAUAAUUCAGCAUUAAAAAAUGUAAAAUUAUCGGAGAUAGAAGGUGGCUCCGUUGGAGCAGGCUAUGAUGAGGCCAAUGCGUUGGUAUUGCCCUCACAAAAGCGGGCAACUAAAGUUAAAGUGGAACACAAGCAAAAUGUUAAGAUUCUAAGCAAGAAACAAAGGAAGCAUUUACAGGCAAUUGUGGACAAGAAGAAGAAGAAAGAGGGGCGUGCCGAUCUUUUGGAAGCCUUGGCCAAAGUCCAAGUACCUGAAGCGCAAUUGAAACAAUAUACUUCCAUUAGCCAGGUCCAAACAGUGGGUGUCAAGAAAUUAGAUACCCUCGAGGAGUUAAUGGCCAAAAAGUUACAAAGACAAAAGGCAGCACAGGUGGCUGAGGGUACCAAAAUUAGCUCCAUAAAAGGGGCAGCCAAGCGUAAACUUUUAGCAGAAGAAGUUGAAGAUAUUGAAGCCAAGAAACGUAAUCCCAACUAUGUGGGUAUGGAUGAAAGCAGCAGCAGUGAGGAUGAAGAAGAUGAUGAUGAUGAAAGUGAGCAACAAAUGGAAACAGCAACUAAAGAAACAGAUGUCCAGGAAACUAAAAAAGACACGAAAGAAGAUAAACCAAAACCAGAACAAACCAUCGUCAAGGAAACAGAAACCAAACCCCCCAGUGCUACCACAAAAACCGAGGAACCGAAAAAACCUGCACAACCUAUGGCUCCUCCUCGAACCACAGUUUAUGUACCUGUUCACCGUGAUCCUGAAAUCCAAGCUGCUCGUCUCAAACUUCCCAUCUUGGCUGAGGAACAACAAGUUAUGGAAGUUAUCAACGAGAAUAACAUUAUUAUUGUGGCUGGUGAAACGGGUUCCGGUAAGACCACACAAAUUCCACAAUUCCUUUACGAGGCUGGCUAUUGUGAAAAUGGUAAAUUAAUUGGUAUAACCGAACCACGUCGUGUUGCUGCCAUUGCCAUGUCCAAACGUGUUGCCACCGAAAUGAAUCUAAGCGAAAAGGAAGUUUCCUAUCUUAUACGUUUCGAGGGUAAUGUAACACCUGAGACUAAAAUCAAAUUCAUGACCGAUGGUGUCUUAUUGAAGGAAAUUGAAUCGGAUUUUCUGCUGAAAAAUUAUUCGGUUAUUAUUUUGGAUGAGGCUCACGAAAGAAGUGCAUAUACAGAUAUAUUGGUGGGUCUCCUCUCCCGUAUUGUCCCACUACGUUUGAAAAGAGGUGGUAAUCCAUUGAAAUUGAUUAUUAUGUCUGCCACUUUAAGAGUUGAAGAUUUUACCGGUAAUACCAGGCUGUUUAAAAAUCCCCCACCUCUAUUGAAAGUUGAGGCCAGACAGUAUCCGGUUACUGUACAUUUUCAAAAACAUACUCCCGAAAAUUAUGUCGAAGAGGCAUAUCGUAAAACUGUAAAAAUACAUUCACAACUUCCGGAGGGAGGUAUUUUAAUUUUCCUUACCGGUCAGCAGGAGGUGAAUCAGUUGGUACGCAAAUUGAGAAGAACUUUCCCAUAUAAUCCAGAUGUGAAUAAACAAAAACCCAAAGCCAUUGAAGAUAAGAAGGAGGAGGAGAAAGAAGAAAAUAACGCAGACGAUGAAGAAAUGCCUCCAACACAAUCUCGUGAUUCCGAUGAUGAGUUCGAUAUGAAACGUGCCAUACGAAAUGUACGCAAAUCCAAGAAAAAAUUCCUCACCCAAUUGGCAUUACCUAAAAUUAAUUUGGAUGAUUAUAAAUUACCCGGUGAUGAUACUGAAGCUGAUCUUUUGGAAGAAGCUGCAGGGGAGGAUAAUCAUCAAGAAGGUGAUUUGGAUGAUGAAGAUGACGAUGAUGAAUCUGCCCAGCAAUUGGAUGAAGGCACAGCUGCAGCUACAACCAAACAACCCUUGUGGGUUUUGCCUCUGUAUUCCUUGCUAUCUACGGAAAAACAAAAUCGUAUUUUCCAACCUCCACCAGAGGGCUGUCGCCUUUGCAUUGUAAGCACAAAUGUGGCAGAAACCUCCCUGACCAUUCCCAAUAUUAAAUAUGUGGUGGAUAGUGGCAAACAAAAGACACGGCUAUAUGAUAAAAUCACAGGUGUCAGUGCCUUCGUGGUUACAUACACCUCAAAGGCCUCUGCUGAUCAAAGAGCAGGUCGUGCGGGUCGUGUUAGUGCUGGUCACUGUUAUCGCUUGUAUUCCAGUGCGGUGUACAACGAUGAAUUUGAGGAUUUCUCACUGCCAGAUAUUCAGAAAAAGCCUGUGGAUGAUUUAAUGUUACAAAUGCGUUGUAUGGGUAUUGAUCGUGUCAUUAAUUUCCCCUUCCCUUCACCACCCGAUGCUGUACAAUUAAAAGCUGCUGAGCAGCGUUUGAUUAUUUUAGGAGCAUUAGAAAAGGUCGAGGAUGCCCAGAGUACAAAAGAUGUACCACCAAUUGUAACACGUUUGGGUCACAUUAUAUCCCGUUUCCCGGUGGCUCCACGUUUUGGCAAAAUGCUGGCCCUGUCGCAUCAACAAGAUUUGCUACCAUACACAGUGUGUUUGGUGGCCGCUUUAUCAGUGCAAGAAGUUCUGGUUGAAGUUAAUUUCGAUAAGGAAAAGGAAGAUGGAUCUGCUGCCAUAAAUAAAUGGCAAAAGAAAAGACAAUCAUGGGCUUCCACGGGAAAUUACCAAUUGUUGGGCGAUCCUAUGGUCCUUCUGCGAGCGGUUGGUGCUGCUGAAUAUGCUGGCUCCAAGGGAGAAUUGGUGAAAUUUUGUGCCGAUAAUGGUUUACGUCACAAGGCCGUUUCCGAAGUACGCAAGCUACGUGUACAACUAACCAAUGAAAUUAAUCUCUCCAUCUCCUCGGUGAAUUUGUGUGUAGACCCCUCUAUGCCACCACCCACAGAUGCUCAGGCGAGAUUUUUACGACAAAUUCUUCUCUCCGGUAUGGGUGAUAAAGUCGCUCGCAAGGUUCCCUUGGAAGACAUCAGUGAUAAGGAAGAGAAACGACGUUUGAAAUAUGCCUACAAUUGUAUGGAUAUGGAGGAACCUGUCUUUAUACAUUCCUCGUCUGUGCUAAAACAAAAAUUACCCGAAUGGGUAAUCUAUCAGGAAGCAUAUGAAAUACAAAAUGGUGAUUCGACAAAAAUGUUUAUACGUGGCAUCACAGCCAUUGAACCGGAAUGGUUAUUGAUUUAUGUGCCAUUGUUGUGCAAUAUCAAGGCUAUUAAGGAAGAUCCGCUGCCACGUUAUAAGUCGGAAGAUGGUAAAAUUUAUUGUUAUGUCGAUGCCACGUUUGGUAAGGCCGGUUGGGAUUUGCCUUUGACGGAAAUUGAAAUGCCCAUGGAGGAGAAGGCUUUUUGCUACUUUGCCAUGUUCUUAUUAGAUGGUCAGGUGUGUCCACAACUUGUACCCUUCAAAAGCAAACUGAAAUCAACACCCUCUGCCAUGACGAAAAGUUGGUCCAAUCUAAAUGAUGCCCUAUUGAAAUUUAAGCGUUGCCUUAUUGUCAAACAAAUCAAUAACCGACAAAAACUAUUCGAUGAAUGGGAGAAAAAUCCGAACUUUUUACUCCAUGAGUAUCAAAAUAUUUUAUAUGAUGUUUCAUUAUCGGAAUUGAUGCCAAUAUGGCCACCAACUAAAUUAGAAUAAGUUUUGUUUUUUUUUU